AUGACUUCUUUCUUUGCUUCGUCUCCCCAGCCUUUUCUUUUGCUUUUUACCCUCAUUUUCCUUAACUGCUUCUCCCCUCUUUUUUCUUUGCUCUUCCUUCACACUUUUUUGAUUCCUCUCCCUUCUAUAUUAUUUUGGCAUUUGCCACUUUUUUCUUUCAAAUAUCUGUUGUCUUUACACUUCAUCCCCUUUUUUUCUCUUUCUCCUCUCUUUUUUUGCCUUUCUUCUCUUGUUUUUCUUUCCACUUUCUUCUUUUUUCCUUUGUCUUUUUACUUUUUACUCCCUUAUUUUUCUUUGAUUAUUCUCCCCUCAUUUUUCCUGCUCUUUCUCCCCUCAUUUUUUUUCCUGCUCUUUCUCCCCUCAUUUUUUUUUCCUCUUUCUCCCCUCAUUUUUUUUCCUGCUCUUUCUCCCCUCAUUUUUUUUUCUGCUCUUUCUCUCCUCAUUUUUUUUCCUGCUCUUUCUCUCCUCAUUUUUUUCCUGCUCUUUCUCUCCUCAUUUUUUUUCCUGCUCUUUCUCCCCUCAUUUUUUUUCCUGCUCAUUUUUUACUUAUUCUUUCAUUGUCAUUUCUUUCUUCUCUUUUCUCUCUGUUUUCUCUCCUUUGUUCAUUGCCCUCUCUUCUCGCCUUUUUUCUUUUUACUUGUUCUCUCUUAUUUUUUGUUUUUGGUUUUUCUCCCUACAUUUUUUAUAAACUUUUCCACCCUUUUUAUGUUUGUUCCUCUCUUUUUCUUUGUUUCUCUUUGUUUCUCUUCUUCUCCCCUUUUUCUUUUCUCUUCUUUUAUUCUUCAUCUCAUUUUCAUUACAAUUAUUUUCGAACAUACAUUAUCUAUCUCAGUUUGUUCAUUAUCUAUCUAUCUAUCUAUCUAUCUAUCUAUCUAUCUAUAUAUUUAG